AUGAGUGAACCGUCAACUUCUGAACAAAUAGAAGAAGAAUGCAAGGAAUCUACUCGCGCGGACCCAAGGAAGGGAAAAAUCCCCACCGACUUCACAAUAAAUGUUGAAAACCAAUCAUUCAAUGUUCAUCGCGAUGUAAUCAUCGCAAAGUCAGAAUAUUUCAAAGCGAUGUUGGCUUAUGAUACCAAAGAAAAUCAGCACGGAUUUGUUUAUAUGAAAGACGUAAACCCAAAUGUUGUGCGUGAAUGUAUCGAGUUCAUGUACACUGGAAAUGUGGAUGAGAUUUCAGUUGACAUCGAGAAUGUUGGAGAGGUCUUGCAGGCAUCCGAAAUUAUACAGCUUGAGUCAGUUAGAGAGUUGUGUUUAAAAGUAAUGAUGGAACAUUUGAAGCCUGAAAACUGUCUUACUAUUUGCAGUUUGGCCUCAAAAUUUGGCAGUGCCAAUUUGGAAGAAAAGGCACAUCAAAUAAUUAAAGAUACUUUUGAAGUGGAAGAUGUUACAGCCUUCAUAAAAAUCUCAAAAGAUGACUUUGUUGAAUGGAUUACAAACAGUCACAGAUCUAAUGAAUUAAUUUGGGAAGCGAUAGGUCAUUGGCUGAACCACGACAUUGAAAACCGCAACAACGACAUACUCGAAUUGAUUGAAUUAAUGAAUUGGGAUCAGGCAAACUCCGGAACAUUGUUAAAAAGUAUUUGGAAAAAUCUCAUAUUUCGUUCUUCGAAAGCAUCGAAAAAGUUUGUCUUUCGCAAACUCUUUUACGAUAUUGAGUCUUUCAAAACCAUGCUCAACACCGGAAAUUAUUACAUGCUAAAAAAUAUCGCUGCUGAGUAUUCUCACACACCGAAACAAGUUGAAGACUUCAUUUCAUCGUUUGGGAAACUCUAUUUCGACAGAUUAGCAGUGAAGAGAGAUUUUAACACUCUGUCGAUAGAGGAAAUGUUGUCAUACUUUCGGGAUCCAAACAUUGGCUGUCUUCCAUCUGAUGUAUUCAAGUGGAGAAUUAUGAUAAAAUGGAUCAAAUAUAAUCCGGGGAGGGAAAGUUACUUUCCAACCUUGGUGAAAUAUAUCAAGUUUGACCAAAUUCCAAAUCAGAUCAUAAAAAACGAGAUUCUGAUUGAUCCGCUGACAAAGCAGUUCAAAAAGUGCAAACGUCAAAUUGUGGAUGUGGUAUUUACGAAAGAUGAUACGGUGGAUAACUCUAACAGCAUAGCUUGCUACCAGGGAGGCGAUAUUAAUAUUACAAUCUGUCCCUUAUCCUCACAGGAGAAAUCUCAUUGCGUCCCCCUACCGACAUCACGCGACGUUAAUGCCGAAAUUUUCUCUCUUUCCAAUAAAUUAUGUUUCAUAUCUAAUAAACGAUUAUUUUAUAUGAACAAAGCUGGCAAGUGGCUGGAAAGGCAAACAAUGAAAAACACUUGUGCUGGAAAAAUUGCCGUUUCGGGAGAUUCUGUCUUUGUAAUCGGGAAAGAUAGAAUGUCUUGCUAUAACGCCUUAAAAGAUGAUUGGGAAGAGGAUUUACCUGGGUGUGGAUUUGAAGUCGGUUGCGCAACUGCAUCAUGUGGAUUUCUAUAUGCGUUCAGAGAAAUCGAUGUAUUUGCCUAUGCAUAUAAGAACAAAAAAGCAUGUGGUGACAAGAGUCCGAAGAUAUUCCAUAUUGACUCGAAAAAAUGGAUAGACGCCAAAACUGAGCAAAACGCAUCAUCCGCAACUAUGUUGAACGACAAUGUGUAUACAAUAACACAAAUGGGGAAUGUUAAAAAAUUUCAAUCAUCAACCGGUAAUUGGGAAAAUUCCGGAAAACUGUCACAUAUUUCGAUUCUUGUUCCUUGCAAUGGAUCGUUGCUGGCUAUUAUACGCCACGAUUACCGAGUAAUCAGUUAUGACGAGAAUUUUCGUGAAUGGGUCGAUACGAAAAGAGCAUUGAAUUCUGGGCUAUCUCAGGCAACCUGUUUUCACCAUUAG